AUGGGUGGUCUAACAGUUUUUUCUGAUGGUGUUCAAGCUCUAAUAGAAAAAGGUCACAGAAAAAUAACUCCAUUUUUCAUACCUUAUGCUAUAACAAACAUGGGGUCUGCCUUGCUUGGAAUUGAUCUUGGUUUGAUGGGGCCAAACUACUCAAUUUCAACUGCUUGUGCUACCUCAAAUUAUUUCUUCUAUGCGGCUGCAAAUCACUUUGUCUAUUUUUAUGGAUAUGGCUACUUUAAAAGGCUCUAUCUGGAAAUGACUGGUUCCAAACCUAUUGGAACAAAAGCCAAUCUCGUUCUUGCUGCUGCAACUGGGGCUUGUACUGCUGUUAUGUGA